CCACACAGGCGUUGUUUCCUAUAGCUCAGUUUCCAGCAACACGCUGAAGGAGUCAUGUCGGUGACUGUUGUGCUGCUGCUUCUCAUCGUGUUCCUGCUUGUGGUGCUGUUCACAUGGCGCUGGUGGCACUUCACGUACUUCAAGCGGCUGGGGAUUCCAGGCCCCAAACCCAACUUGAUAUGGGGAAACCUUAUGGAAUAUCACUCCACGGAUCUCUACAAAGCUGUAGGAGGUUGGAUUGCAAAAUAUGGCGAUACGUUUGGAUUCUACAAUGGAGAUGUACCGUUCGUCGUAACACAAGACUUGGAAUUGAUAGAGCAGGUCUUCGUCAGAAAAUUUCAGAACUUCAUGAAUCGAGGACUAACAAUGAUGACAGACCAGAUGCAUCCGUACCUCGGCAAGUCGAUCAUCCACGUUAAUGCCCCCAUGUGGAAGAGCAUUCGGAACUCUGUUGCCUACGGUUUCAGUGCGGCUAAACUGAAACAGAUGAUGCCGUUUUUCGAAGAGGACGUGAACUACCUAUUGAAAUAUCUGGACAAAAGCGCUGAGACGGGAGAGGAAGUACAGAUGAUGCGCAAAUACGAGCAACUCUCCAUGGACUUCGUGGCUCGAGGUGCCUUCGGCAUCGAUGAACGUUUCCAGGAAAAUCCGAACCACCCGCUCUUUGACAUGGCGAGGUCAGCUUGCUGCAAACUCAUGACUGGUCCUUUCCACAUGAUCGCACAAAGUACUACAAGCCUGGGACCAAUCACCAAAAUAGUUUGCUGGCUUUCCGUCGCAAUCGGAGACUUCGUGUUUGACACGGUCACGGCGCACACGGAAAAGGUCGUCGAGCUCAGAAAGAAGGACCCAUCGGGCAGGUACGAAACGAUAGUCACUUCCCUUAGUUACCUCACGUUUACUAUGGCGAAAUAUCCGGACGUCCAAGAGAAGGCGCGCCAGGAAAUCGAAGAUCUCAUCUCACAAGGGGGUGAAUUGGAUUACGAUACAGUAAUGAAGAAACUCAAUUACCUGGACCAAGUCAUGAACGAAACGCUGCGACUUUGUCCUCCAGGUCUCACGUUUGUCACCAGGCAGGCCAAGGAAGACUUCGAAUACAAAGGGUUAAAGUUCAAGGCCGGAACCUGCUUCAUGGUUCCUCAGUACUAUAUUCAACGCGACCCACGGUUUUGGUCUAAUCCAUUGGAGUUCGACCCGGAGAGAUUCAACCCAGAAAAUGAAGCAAAAAUAAAGAAGAUGGCGUUUUGUCCCUUCGGCAUAGGGCCCCGCAACUGCGUCGGAGUGAGAAUCGCUACGUUGCAGACAAAAUACACGAUGGCCAAAGUGUUGCUAAAGUUCCGCCUGGAGCUCGGCCCAUCCCAGAUGGGAAAACUGGACAUGGGCUCACGAGCCAUGGUGUCAACACCAGCCAGAGGACCAUUUAUAACAUUUCACCGCCUCAACAAAAGCCUCUAACCACGAACGGCACAACUGGGAAUGCGCGACUCAGUUCAACGAGGGUUUUCAACAAGCCGUGUCUGUUGUACGUGAUAUGUAGGGUCAUAGAUAAGGAAAGUGCGAGGGAAGCAAAUACCAUUCUACAGCACACAUCGAAAAUAUGGUAAUCAUCACAAUUUCUGGCACCAGCAUUGUACUUACAAACUUAUCGCGCGAUGGCUUCAGACAUCUUCCUUGGUUUUGUUUCUACGAAGCCGUUCAGCUAGAAACAGGUUUUCAUUAGGCAAAAAAUGUCAUUCUUUAACGGCUGAUAGAUAUCUCAAUCACAUCACAAAACUGAUCAUAAAUUGCGUGUCACUCUCAGGUACAUCGUUAUGUUGCCAGCACUCCUCCUCCACUCCCCUCCCUCUCCCUGAUCCACGUCCAUGGGCUCUUCUUGCCAUCGCUUGCCUACGUAAACUGGACAAACAAGGACUUACCGAAGACCCUUUGUACGUACCGUGGGGAAACAAGUGAACGACAAGUGCAACAGCGAAAAAUGAACAUUUUGUUUCAGAAGUACGCGAGUCAUCUUUUGCCGAUGGCCACCUUAAUUAGAAAGCCAUGGGCCCU